AACUCAGAACCUCAGAAAUUCAGAAAUUCUCGGACUCGCAGCACGCACAUCGCUCCGCAUUUUCGCAGCGAGCGGCAACAACGACUGCGCCCCAAACAUUGCGCAUACGACGUGUGGACCGCUGCGAGUGGCACAAAUAAAUAGUUCACAUUUGUUUCUGCUGCCGUUCUGUUUGUUUGGCCCUGUUGGCUGGCCAUUGUUGUUGCUGCCGGAUUUUGUUUGUUUUUUCUGUGAUUUUUUACGGUGCGCCCAGUGUAAGUGUUUGCCUGGCCCUGGUUCCGUUCUCCAUGUGUGCUCGGUGUUUUAAAAGCGUAUCGCCGCGAAUGGGAGUCCUGCGAGUCCUGUGAGUCCUGCGACUCCCCCCGCCCAGCUCAUUCAUCAGCAGCUCCGAGGAUUGCGAACUUUUCGGUUGACAUGUAGCUGGGAUUCUGGGCGUGUGCACGGCGGGAAUCGGGCCCAGGAUCCGGAAUCGCUAUCGUAAUGCAAAGACGGCGAUAUGGCACUACAAGGCUGGCGCUUUUUCGGUGUCUCGGCGACCAUCAUCAUCUACAUCGGCGGCGUCCUGUUCCUCUCCAUGAACAACAUCCCCGGCUCGCAUCCCAAAAGACCGCGCAUCGAACGCUUCGCCGAGUUUCCCAGCUUUCAUAGUCCUCGGUUCCCGAUGCCCAGCCGCAAGAUGACGAUACGCUGGUGUCGCGAACUGAAGUACAUAAAUCGAGAUCUUCCAAUCUACGCGGACUACAAGGCCGACUUCUACACGGCCCUGCCCAGCGACGUCAGCGCCGCACUGCAAUCCCUGCCAGCUCUGACGGCGCUGGCCAGCUUUCCGGGCAGCGGAAACACCUGGCUGCGCUACCUGCUGCAGCAGUCCACCGGCAUCCUCACGGGCAGCAUCUACAAGGACUACGGCCUGCUGAAGACCGGCUUUCCGGCGGAGAACGUCUGCAACAGCUCGGUGCUGCUGGUGAAGACCCACGAGUGGGGCAGCAAGGCGUGGGCCCCCUUCUCGAAGGCCAUCCUCCUCGUCCGCGACCCGGAGAAGGCCAUCAUCGCCGAGUUCAAUCGCCAGAGCGGCGGUCACAUCGGCUUCGCCUCGCCGGAUCGCUACAAGCGCACCAAGGGGAAAUACUGGCAGCAGUUCGUGAGCAACAAGCUCAAGGGCUGGGAGGUGAUGAACCUCAGCUGGGCGCGCAACUUCACGGGCAGCAUCAAGGUGGUCUUCUACGACGACCUGGUGCAGCACACGGAGCGGGAGCUGCGCUCGAUCCUGGAGUUCCUGCAGUUCCCGGUCAACGAGCAGCUGAUGCGGUGCGCCAUCAUGCGCAAGGAGGGCAUCUUCCGGCGGAAGAAGCGGCUGCUCUCCUUCGAUCCGUACACGGAGGCCAUGCGGGCGGAGGUGCAGAGCCGGCGGCGCAUCGUCUACGGCCUGCUGGGGCGCCAGGAGCCGUAGGGCAAGGCCAUCCGAUGUAUACAAAAAAACCGGGCAACGAGGGGCAAAAUCGAAUUCGUACCACCAACAAUACCAGGAAAGCGGACAGAAGUCACAACGGCAACACCGAAGCAUAAUGCAAACGGAAUUGCAGUCGAGGAGUCAUCAACCAGCUCAUCACGAUGCGUAGGACCAUAGAUCUCACUGGGAGUCUGCAGUAGCUAGUAGUGCCCCCAUGCAUAGACGCGUUUUUCCACCCCGGCCGGAUUCCCGAUCGUUUGCUGCUCGCUUUGGCGCAUUAGUUCAAAUUUUUUUGUUUACACUUUAGGUAUGAUAUAUACUAUAUUAUAUAGACGCAUAACUUUAGGUUGAUAUAUGUUUGUACGUAUUUGGUAUAGGCUAUACAACAAGGUAUUAUGAUUCCUGAACGAAUUUAUGAAAUUCAUUAUAGGCCAUGUUGUGCUUCAUCGCUCACCCAACUCGGCUCGACUCGACUCAACUCAUCCGCAACUUAUCCUUUGGCCGCGUUGAGCUCCCAUAUUAGAUUAUCCUUGUAAAAAGUUUUAUACACGACUCUACAAUAACUUGUGAAAUAUAAACAACGGAACGUAUUAGAUAAUUGUACAAAAACGAAAACCAAACAAAAAACAAAUCGAAAGAGAAACAAUGAAGUGGAUUUAAAAACUAA